GCUCGUGCCGCCGUCCCGAGGGCUGCGCAUGUGGGACUGGCUGCUGCAGAGGGGCCCCGAGUAUUUGGCCCAGUGCGUCGUCAACUACGCGGCGCGCUGCCCUGCCAUCCCCGCCUGCCCGCAGGCGACGUGUCCGUCCUGCCCAGGGCUGACCUGCGGGGACUGUGUGGUGCCGGCGUGCCCGGCGUGCCCAGCUUGCCGACCGAUCACGGUGCCGGCAGGGGCUGCCGCCUUCGCCGAGGCGGCUGGCGGUCGCGAGGAGGCCGCGGGCUGCGCUGAGCCUGGGCUGGGCUACCUCGCGUACCUGAUCUUCCUCCUCGGCGUCGUGGUGGGCGGCGUCCUGGCGACUGGAGGGCUUGCCGUUGGCGGGCUGUUGCGCCGGCUGUGCUGCAGGCCCGUGAAGGACGCGGUCAGCCAGCCGCUCUGGCACCAGCGCCGGGUGUACGGGGUGGUGGCACACUCGGGUGGUAAGACCUACGUGGCCGCCACCGCCGACGCACACGUCUACCCGGAGGACUGGUCGCCGACCUCAGAGGACGUGCUGGCGGUGCGCUGGUGCAGCGAGUAUCGAGAGCUGCCGGCCGGUGUGCCGAGGGAUCGGGUGUACCGCUUCCGACGGGAGCCGACGGCCGCGCGGGACGCCGCCUUCCGGCAGGCUGCCGAGGACGAGGCUGAGGCCGAGGGUCGGCGCCUGCUGGCAGCGGCGGGCGGCGCGGCGCCGCCGGCGGGCUUCGUCUGGCUGUUGCCGAUCGACGCCGCGGGCCGGCUAGUGGGCGGUGCCGGCGGAGCUGGGGCCAUCGUGCCUGCAGGCGCCGGCGCUCCGGGCGCUCCACCUGCGCCGGGAGUGGCCGAGCCUGCCGCAGCCGGCGCCGCCGGUGCCCCCGCGGCGGCGGCCGCGCCCCCGCCCCUGCUGGUGGGGCCCUUGCAGGGCGUCGCGCCGGCAGCGCCUGCAGCAGGCGUCGGCGCGGCUUGGAGGGCUGCUGAGAGCGGGGGCGGCUUCCGAUUCGGUGACCCUGUCCCAGGCCACGUGCGGAGCGCCCAGGCGAUCGGCUCGAAGGAUUUCCACCUCUUGCCAGACGGGGCCGCCCUGUUCGUCGAAGAGGUGACGGCAGCGACUGAGGUCGCCUUCCUCGACAAGGGGGUGUUCGGCGACGCACGCAUCAUGGCGGUGCGACGCAACCGCCAGGGGCGGCGCGAGCGCACCUGGGCGGAGAUGGUCGCGGCCGUGGUGCAGGAGGAGUUCAGCAACGACUGGGACUUGCCCGGGCCAAGGUCCGUGCUGUGGUGCCUGGAGUUCAUCAGCCACGAGGGGCUCGGUCUCGACGGGCAUCACGAGAGGUUCCGCAUUCUUUGCAAGUUGGCUUUGAAGUUCGGCCUCCUUCACGACCAGGUGGACGGCACCAAUCUGAUGAUGGUGGAGUCCAUGUUUCGCCGACUUCAAACGAUCGAGUUCGCGCACUCCGAGCGGGCUCGCGAGCAGGAGGCCAAGGGCUACGGAGGGAAGCUCAGCCUCGAGGAGCAGAUGGCCUUUGCGGGCACGGUCGAGCGCGAGGCCUCGCUUGCCAAGAACUUGCGCAAGGCCCGAGAGGAGCGAGAGGCUGCCCGGGCCAAGGAUAAGACCAAGAAGGAUGCCGGGUGA